ACAAGGAACACAAACACGAAGGAAUGAUCGGCUUGUACGACUGGCUGACGCCCUCACUCACAGUUCUGUCACCGAGCCUCGUCCAAUCCGUGCUCAUUAAAGACUUCGAUCAUUUUGUUGACAGACGUACGUUUCAUUUUAACGAUGAAAUUCUGGAUGAGAUGCUAACGACCGUAACGGGAAACCAUUGGAAAGGAAUUCGGUCAGUCUUGACUCCCACGUUCACGUCAGGCAAAAUGAAAAACAUGUUCCACUUGGUGGCAGAGAAGGCAGACCAACUCGUGAAGGCCUGUCGCGACCAGAGAGAUCAUUUGUCUCGGAUCACGAUGCCUUCGCUCUUUGGGAGCUUCGCCAUGGAUGUCAUUGGAUCAUGCGCAUUUGGCAUGGAGAUAAAUUCGUUGAAAAACGAAAACUCGGCUUUCGUAGAUAAUGCCAGGGCGUUGUUCAAAACGAGUAAAACGAGGAUGGCACGAUUUCUCAUUAUGGUGCUUUUCCCGAAGCUUGCCAAACGGCUCGGCGUCAACUUGUCAACUCCCCAGAUCAACUCCUUGGCAGCAUCCCUGAGACAGACCAUCGCCGCACGGCAGGGGAGUCCCAAGCGAGGGGACUUCGUUGACUUAAUGCUGGAGGCAAGGGAUUCUAAUGACGAACAAAACCUGGCACGACCGCAUAAAUAUAAACUGUCGGAUAACUCGAUCGUGGCUCAGUCCCUGUUGUUCAUCGUGGCAGGCUACGACACCACAUCGAACUCGUUGACAACAGCAGUGCACUGCCUUGCCAAGUACACGAGUUGCCAACAAAAAGUCAGGACCGAGCUCGCCGCUUUAGGGACCGCAGAAGACAUCACGUACCAAGACAUCAUGGAGGCACCCUAUCUAGAUGCAUUCGUGGCAGAAGCCCUCCGUCUGUUUCCACCGACCACCUUCACCGAGCGGCGCUGCACUAAGACCUACACAAUCCCAGGAAGCUCUAUCACCGUGCCCGAGGGGAUGAUGGUGUCGGUACCAAUCUGGUCCCUGCACCGCGAUGAGGAAUACUACCCUGACCCGGAGCAGUUCAAGCCCGAGCGAUUUCUGUCCGGCAACAAGGAAAAGAUUCCAUCCGGGGCCUACCUGCCGUUUGGGAUGGGUCCUAGGAUGUGCAUCGCUCAGAGAUUUGCGCUGAUGGGAAUCAAGUUGGCAAUCGCAAAGAUCGUUCUCAACUUCCAGCUGGACAUCGCCGAGGGAUUCGAAGAAAUAAAAUACAAGAUGUCCCCGGGAACGCAGAGGCCUGAAGAGAACAUGAUGGUCGUCAUGAAGGCCUUGUGAGCCGUGAAUGAUCUUCUCGUACGUCCUCGUUCCGCGUCGAUUUGAAUUCGCGUGACAUAUUAAAUAUCCAAGCAAAAGAAUUAUAAAUUACGACGGGAUUCACGACUGUGUCUACCCUGCACAAGUAAAUUUUUAAACCUUG